ACUAAAAGGUGUACUUCAAAUGUACACCACCCCCUUCUCCACCACACAUUUUUAUUUGAUGUUUAUUUAUUUAUUUUUUUUAAAUUUUUUUUGGCUUUUUUAGAGGACGAAAAGGGGAUGAGGGACAUAUGGGGUUUUCUUAAAAUAAAUAUAAAAUAUAUACAAACAUUAAUUAUUUAUGUGUCUAUUUUUGGGCUUGGCAUAGAUGUGGUGGUCAAGAAUAAACUUUUAGCACCUCCGGCCUCUAGGCACCAUGCUAUUAGUCCAAUUAUCUAGAAAUGGAGAAUGGCGACGAUUGGUACGCCAUGGAUAAGCUCUACCACGUUCUCUUCUGCUUCUCCAUCGCUGUCAUUACCUCCGCCUUCGCGGGUUGGGCCCGAUACCCGUUUAUUAGGCGCAGGAGAAUCUGGGUCGGGUCCAUCGUUUCCCUCGCUGCCGGUGCCGCCAAGGAGGUCGCAGACGAGCUAGGGUUUUUCAAGUCCGCCGGUGCUUCGUCAAAAGACGCCGUAGCCGACGUCUUCGGCAUUCUGAUUGCUGCUUUGAUUCUUCGUCUCGGCAUGGACAGAGAUGGUGAUUAUACCCCUGCCAAGGGUUAUAUAUGGUUGAUUGGCGAAUCCAGUAAACCUGUUUGGUGUGACAUAGUUUGGAACAAGUGGUCGAUACCUAAGCACCAGUUCAAUUAUUGGCUGAUUUGCAAGGGGAGAUUACAAACUAAACAAAGAUUGAGCAAGCUUCUAAGUUUAGAUACUUGCUGUAGCUUCCGUGGCUAUAAUGUUGAAGAUGUUCAUCAUCUCUUCUGCAUCUGUACAUUUGCUAUGGAGUUACUUAGUAUUGUCCCUAGAUGGGUUGGGACUGAUUUGAAUGCCAACUCCUUGCAGAGGAAAGGUUAAUGCAGCUGAAGCCUAUGAAAUGGAGGAUGAAUAUUGUUGCUGCGUAUAUGGCCUCUGUUUAUGCUUAUAUGAAUUUGCUGUCAAUCUGCAGUUGGAUUAAAACUUAAGUCAAUUGUUUUAUUAGGAGGAAGAGCAUGAUCAUGUGCCUUUAUUUUGUCUGUAGAGUUAUGUUGUCUGUAAGUUUGUUGUUAGUGCGAGUGUUUUAUCAAUACAUUUGCUUUCUCAUGACCAUGUUAUGGUGCUACAAUAUUCGAUA